GGACCCCCAAAAUCCACACAAAAGCAUGCCUGGAAGCAUCCUGGAAUCCCAGCACCGGAGAGGCAGAGAUCCCCAGGGCAAGCUGGCGGGCUAGACCAGCUAGAACUGGAGAGCUACUGGCUGGUAGACAUUCAGCAGCUUACCCUCCCAAGACUCUCCAUGUUCCUUGUUCCUGUUCCGUUGUGGUGCUUGGAAGCAGGAGAUGGGCUCGCUCGUGGUCAACAGGACAUGAUCAAGGAGGAGCACUGAGGGACCGUGCUGCUGGAUUCAUCGAAAGGGGAGCCUUGUGGAUGGCCCUGAAGCAAGCCUGAUGGAACAGGACAGAACCACCCAUACUGAGGGUACCGGACCGAGUCCAUUCCUGAUAGCAUCACCUCCCAUCAGCCAUACGGAACCUCAGGCUGUCAAACUCCAGAAUGGAAGCCCGUUAGCAGAGAGACCUCAUCCAGAAGUAGAUGGAGACACCAAGUGGCAGUCUCUCCAAAGCUAUUAUGGAACACCCUACAUGAAAGGCCGCCAGAGCAGUCAUGAGAGUCCAGACUUCAUAUAUGAAGGCAGAGGGUAUUCCAGGUGCUUGCAACAAAAUGGAGGGAUAAAGCGCACAGUCAGUGAACCAUCUCUCUCUGGGCUCCAUCUGAAAUUGAAACUAGACCAAAAAGCUAAGGGAGAAAGUAAUAACUUCAGGGAGAGCCAAGAAAGAAGCCCAGGUAAAAGCAGCAGUCAGCCAAAUGUCACGGGUCUGAGUGAUAACAGAGAGCCUGUGACCUCCGUAGCCCAGGAAAGUGCAGUUGCAGACAUAGAUGCUAUCCCAACACAGAACUACAAUGGAGUUGAAAACACAGAGUUUCAGAUUCCUAAGGAGCAGGAAGGGGAAAAUGGCAGCAGGAACAUUAUAUUGCUUAAAAACAAGGCUGUGCUAAUGCCUAAUGGUGCUACAGUUUCUGCCCCUUCUGUGGAAAACACACAUGGUGAACUCCUGGAAAAAACACAGUGUUAUCCAGAUUGUGUUUCCAUUACCGUGCAGAAUACCACAUCUCAUGUAAACACCCUUAGCAGUCAUGCUGCUAGCGAGUUGUCCCAUGAGAUCACUCAACCAUCGCUUACCUCAGCACAGAUCAAUUUCUCGCAGACCUCAAGCUCCCAGCUGCCUCCAGAGCCAGCUGCAAUGGUGACUGAGGCCUGUGAUGCUGAUAAUGCCAGUAAACCAGCUGGAGUGCUAGGUACCUGUCCUUCUCAGAAAGCAGAACACCAACAAAAGUCAGUUUGGGAGAUAGGCCCGUCUCAUGCAGAAAACAAAACCAUGCAAGGAAACAUGAAGCUGUUUGCUGAAGAAUACUAUCCUAGUUCCCACAGUGAUGUGCACGCUUCUCAUGGCAGCUCUGAGCAGUAUUUAAAGCAAAAGGAAACCAAUGGUGCUUACUUCAGGCAAAGCUCAAUGUUCCCUAAAGAUUCCAUUUCUGCCACUCCCAUGACCUCAUCAUCACAAUCACUUCUUGCACCCCGUCCUGUUCUUCAGCUUCCUUCAGAAGGAAAAGGUGCUCUGAAUGUAGCUUUGGAAGAACACCAUCACUACCCCAACCAAAGUAACCUAACUCCUUUAAGGGAAGAGAAAAUAGAACAUCAACCUAAGACAUCAUCUAGCCAGAGUCUGAAUCAAUCUGUACAUACACCCAACCCCCCCUUGAUGCUUACAGAACAGCAUCAAAAUGAUUGUGUCCCCCAGUACUCUGAAAAAACAAAAAAAAUGUCAGAACAUCCCAUGUAUUACCUGCCAAAUCAUGGCCACAGAGGAGAUUUACAAGAACAUGGCCAAUAUCCGAUGGGACAUAGGGAGCGAGAAAUUCUGAAGAAUGCUAACAGGGGACAAACUCAAGACUCUGUACUGGCAGGACCUGGCUGGAUAGAACUGAAGGCAUCUCAUUUUCGUGAAGCACUCCAUCAGACAAAAUGCAGGGAUACAUCGACGUACCCAGUCCCUCACUCUCAGACCAGCCCUGCCAAUCAGAUGUUCACUGGAAACAUGCCAGCAGGAUUCCAAAGGCUACCUUACAUCCAGAAAACAGCUCAGCCAGAGUGCAAGUCACAAAUGUACCAAGUAGAAAUGAAUCAAGGACCCUCUCCAGGUAUGGGGGACCAACAUCUACAGUUCCAGAAAACUUCAUACCAGGAAUGCAUUUCCAGGACAAAUCUGUCACCUGAGGCUCACCUGUCACCUGAGGCUCACAGGCAGGUACCUAGAGGUUCUCAGUAUCAUUUCCAGCAAAGAGUAAAUCCCUCCACUGAUAAGCAGUUGAGUCAACAGGCCACAGAGACUCAACUAUUUUCAAGCUUUUUACAACAGAAGCAGGCAGCACAAACACAAGCAUCCCAGAACUCAGAUUUCCCUCAAAUCUGCCAGCAGCAGCAGCAAUUACAGAGGAAGAAUAAAGAACAAAUGCCUCACACUUUCUCUCAUCUUCGAGGUGCCAGUGAUAAGCAAAGAGAAAGCUCAUGCUUUGGCCAGAUUAAAGUGGAAGAAAGCUUUUGUGGUGAAAAUCAGUGUUCAGAAUCAAGAGAUUUCCAAACUCACAAUGCCCAGGGGGGGUUGUUGAAGCAAGUACAGAAUGUAAAUAGUAAUAUUCCUUAUAUGAUCUUAACACCAGAUUCGCGCAAAUUACAGAUUCACUGUUCAAAUGAUACACACCCAGCUUCUGAGAGUAGAGAACAAACUCUACAUACCAAACUUGGAAAUAAGACCACAAACUUGCAGAACAUGCAGUGUUUUCCAAAUAAUGUGACCCCAAAUCAGGACGUUCAUCACAGGUGCUUUCAAGAACAAGAGCAGAAGCCUCAACAAACUUCAUCUCUACAGGGCCUUAAAGGCAGAAACCAGGAUGAGUCCUCAGCACCACUAGCUGAAGGAGCUCAUCAGAAGUAUUUGGUGCAUAAUCAAGCAAAGGCACUCCCUGUGCCCGAACAAGGAGGAAGUCACACACAGACCCCUCCUCAGAAGGACACUCAGAAGCAUGCUGCCUUAAGGUGGCUUCUCUUACAGAAGCAAGAACAGCAGCAAGUACAGCAAUCCCAGUCUGAGUCUUGUCAUAAUCAGAUGCAUAGGCCAAUUGAGAUUGAGCCUGGAUCCAAACCCUCUUCCUAUAAACGCCGCAUGUCAGCGCCACAAGGAAAUAUGUCCAAAAGGAUAAAGCAAGACAUCCCCUCACUAAGCUGUGAUAAUGGGAAGCCAAAGAGCAUCAUUGAGACCUUGGAGCAGCAUCUGAAGCAAUUUCAGCCCAAGUCACUCUGUGACUAUAAGUCACUGACUCUUAAGCCACAGAAACAUGUGACAGUAGAAACAUCUACAAAUAUCCAUGCUGCAGAAUCUGAGAACCACAGCCCAGCUGCAGAGCCACAAGCAACUCAUUCAGAAAAGACCAAAAGAGGAGAUUCUUCUGUUCUCCACGAUGUUUCAGAAUCACCUUCCACAUCAGAUACACCUGACAAGAAUAUCAACUGUGAAGCAUGCAGAAAUCCAAGUCAGUACAAAGAUGAAGCUCCUUAUUAUACCCAUCUAGGAGCUGGUCCUAAUGUUGCAGCUAUUAGAACAAUCCUGGAAGAAAGGUCUGGAGAGAAGGGUGAAGCUAUUAGGAUUGAAAAAAUCAUAUAUACUGGUAAAGAAGGCAAGAGCUCUCGAGGAUGUCCUAUUGCUAAAUGGAUAUUUCGGAAAUCAAGUAAGAAGGAGAAAAUACUGAGUUUGGUACGACAGCGACCUCAUCAUACGUGUGAGACUGCAGUGAUUAUUGUUGUCAUCAUGCUAUGGAAUGGAAUCCCAGAAUCUUCGGCCUCCCCACUCUACUCAAACCUUACAGAGAUCCUGGGCAAAUAUGGCGAAGUCACCUGUCGUCGCUGUUCUAAGAAUGAAGACAGAAACUGUUUGUGUCAGGGUGAGGAUCCAGAAACCUGUGGUGCCUCCUUUUCUUUUGGUUGUUCUUGGAGCAUGUACUAUAAUGGAUGUAAGUUUGCCAGAAGCAGGAACCCAAGGAAAUUUAAGCUACGUGGAAAUAAGCAAGAAAAGGAAGAAAUGCUAGCUUUUAUUUUUAAUCAACUGGCUACAGAUAUUGCUCCAAUAUACAAGCAGCUUGCACCUGAAGCUUACAAUAAUCAGGUUAAAUUUGAACACCAAGCUCAAGACUGCCGUUUGGGUCUGAAGGAAGGCCGACCAUUCUCAGGGGUCACUGCAUGUUUCGACUUCUCUGCUCAUGCCCACAAAGAUCAGCAGAACAUGUUAAAUGGCUGCACGGUGGUGGUCACCCUCAAUAGAGAAGACAAUCGAGAAGACAUCGGAGGACAACCUGAGGAUGAGCAGCUCCAUGUACUGCCGUUGUACACCAUCGCUACUGAGGAUGAGUUUGGGAGUACAGAAGGUCAGGAGGAGAAGAUACGGAAGGGGUCCAUUCAGGUUCUGCACUCAUUUCGGAGGAGAAGAGUCAUAAGGUUAGCAGCAGACCCGGCUAAGAGUUGCCACGGCCGACAGAAGAAACCGAAGACCAAGAAAGCUAGAAAGGGUUCUUCUCUGGAGAAUGGCUCGAUUGAGAAUGAGUCUUCCUCAUGUACAAAGCAGAUGGAAAAUGCAAGCCAUAUGAAACAGAUGACAGCACAAUUGCAGCUGCCAUAUGUCAUCCCGAAGCCAGCGGCACUCCAGAGGCACCUUCAGCAAGGGCGGCCACAGCACAUCUUGCCCAGUAACUCUCAGUCCAUUGGCUCUCAUUCUUCUGGGCCCACCAGUGUAUACAUGAGACAGCCUACUCCAUUUAGUCCUUACCCCAGCUCCUCACAUACGCCAGAUAUUUAUGGAGAUGCCAACCGUGUGAACUUUUACCCCACUUCAUCUCAUGCCACGGGUUCAUAUUUGAGUCCUUCAAAUUCCAUGAACCCCUACCCUGGGCUUCUCAAUGAGAACAAUGCAGCCCCUCAGUGCAAUGGGAGUGUGUCGGCGGACAACGGUUCUCCUUUCUUAGGUUCCUAUUCCCCCCAGUCUCAGUCCAGAGGUCUGCAUAGAUAUCAAAACCAGGACCAUCUCACCAAUCUGAACUUACCACCCAUUCACACACUUUACCAACAGAGGUUUGGAGACAGUCCCUCUAAGUACUUAAGUUAUGGAAACCAAAAUAUGCAGAGAGAUGCCUUCACUAACUGUACCCUAAAACCAAAUGUACACCACCUGGCAACAUUUUCUCCUUACUCCACCCCCAAGAUGGAUGGCCAUUUCAUGGGAGUUGCCUCCAGGUCACCAUACAGCCACCCGAACACAGACUACAAAACCAGUGAGCAUCAUCUUCCGUCUCACCCGACCCACAGCUACCCUGAAGCAGCUUCAGGCUCAGCGAGCAGUUCCAGUCACGCCUUCCACAACAAGGAGAAUGACAUGGCCUCCCACACAGCUAACGUGCUUCCGGGGUUUAAUCAUGAUAGAACUGGGGUGUCAGACCAGGAUGUGGCUCCUGAGUACAUUGAGGAGUGGUCAGAUAGUGAGCACAACUUUCGGGAUCCCCUCAUUGGAGGUGUGGCUAUAGCUCCAACUCAUGGGUCAAUUCUCAUUGAGUGUGCAAGGUAUGAGCUUCACGCCACAACCAAAAUAAACUAUCCUAAUCGGAAAAACCCUGCCAGGAUCUCACUUGUAUUUUACCAGCAUAAGAGUUUGAAUCUGCCAAAACAUAACUUUGGUUUCUGGGAAGCCAAAAUGGCUGGAAAGGCCCAGAAAGAAGAGGAAGAGUGUGAAAAGUAUGAAUCAGACCACGUGUCUCAGAAAAAACAGCAUGGUAAACAGGUAAAGCAAGAGCCCACGUGGCCACAGGAACCCAGUUACUUGAGCUUCAUUAAGUCUCUUGCUGCGAACACAGGGUCUAAGACCACAGACUCCACCGUGACUACAUCACCAUAUGCUUUCACUCAGGUUACAGGACCUUACAACACAUUUGUAUGAUGCUGUUCAUUAUGUCAGACCACCAAGGACAACCUGCCAGUAGUAUGUCUUUCAUGGUAUGGGCAGUAGGGACAGAUUACAGCAUCUGUGACAAAUGCAGUGUGUCACAGCUCACCAGCAAAAUAGUUUACCAUUCUGCUUAAUCUCUACCGACUUGUCUUGUAGUCAUGGUGGCAUUCAGGAAGAGUAAAGCAUCCUAUGCAAAGGGACAUCUUUGUUUUCAAGACCACUGGUUCUCUUAUUGGCUGAGGUCAUGCAUGUGACAUGCCCCUCACCACUCUACAUGUGACUGCCUCUAGUACCAAGUGUGUGCAGUCAUGGGACACAGUACUGUAGCAGAGCAGUUGCAGGAAUCAUCUGGUGCUGAUGUAUGAUGUACUGAAAUACUGGAAUUAUGACUUUAACAUGCAGUUUUUACUGUAAUCUUAAUAAUAACUUAUUUAUCUAUCAAAGUAGCUACAGAAAGCUUAAGUGAAUAAUGGCAAAACACUGAAAUUGUUUGGGUGUUAACAUUAAAUGGUGCUACAAAAAUGGUGUUUUUAAUAGCUGAGAAAAAUCAAUGCCUUUUGUCAUACAGCCAGUGUAGUCUAGGGCCCUUGAGGAACUAGGCUAUCUUAGAUUUAUUUACAUUUCUAUCUUUUUGUUAUUCGGCUUAGUUUUUAAAAUGUGGACAUUUUAAAGGCCUCUGGAUUGUAGUUAUCCACCGAUGUCCUUGUAGGACUAUAAAUAAUGUAUACAUACACACACUUAGUGUGUAUUGAAAUAUUUGAAGUUGUGUCUUAGAGAAGCACUUUGCCUACCUAAGCUUUGGCAGCUUGAGCAAUGCUAAGGUACUGAAAUUUAAAAACAAAUAAACAAGUUUACUUUCACUUACUUUUUUUUUUUUUUAAGGAAAGCUUUGAAAACAUUUGCUUUGCUCUUAGCCGUGUGUUUAUGCUGUAAGCAUAGGCUGGUAAGCACUAUCAUUGACAGGCCUAUUGCAAUCCAAAGGGAACCUGAAUGGAUAUGCUAGUCCACAAAACAUGGAUUCUGGUGCUCAUCUUACAUGGUAGGGCGAGCUCCUUGCUCCUAUGUAUACAGCUUAAGAACUGUUAACUGCAGGUGGUGAUUAGCUUCAUGCUACAGACAGAGCUUGUCCCAGGCUGUCCUACAGAUCUGUAUGCUCUUCAGGACAGCAGACUGCCUUUGUGUUAUGUGCUUUGGUAUCAUUUCUUAGCUAAGUGUUAUACAUACCAGGAAGAUUGAGUGGAUAAGAUGGCUAAGUUCAUAUGAGUCUACUGGCUACAAAACAACAAACAAAAACCGAAAAAAAAAAUAGGCAGCUGGUUUGCUGUGGUGAUUUUAAACAUUAAUUUGUAUUAAAAGGUAAAAGAGUUGUAUAGUAAAUUAAAUUGUAAAACAAAACCUUUUUAA